GAUAUGCUUUUUAGCACACACAUGCUUGGUAUUUUUACCUUUUCUGUAAUGUGAAAAAGAAAUCCCGACGUUAAUUGAUCUGCUAUCCUAAUGACAGACGUGCAAAAAGCCAUUUAAACGGCCGCAGGAUUUGAAAAAGCAUGAAAGGAUACAUACAGCAUCGCAUAAAGCAUCUUUGAUUAGCAAUCAGCCUGGUUACAAAGCAGUACGACGUCGUAAAUCAAAGCAGCCCAAUUUAUCGUCAUCGCAACAGUCGACGCCUUCUUCCUGCCAAUCUGAUUCGCAUGACAAGUCUCACAUCAGCCCACCUCGCGUCACGCCCAUGGCGUCCAGUGUUUCUGACUCUUCCGAUAUGUCAGAUUUGUUCACAACCAGUGACAUAAGCUCUGGGCAAAGCAGCCUUUACAGUCCGGAUAAUAAUGAUGGUCCUGAUACCGAAUAUGAUAAACCUGGGAUCCGGAUUCGGGGAGACAGCGUUCACACAAAAGCACUGGAUAAUUCUUCAGAAUAUAGUCCUCCCAUUGAAUCAUCAAGUCCUUUGCAGGAUCUUGUCAUGAGUAUCAUUGAUGAAAAUCCCUUAUUACCCGAAUAUGACGCAGAAAUGAUGGAUCGGCUUGAUUCGCUCGUUACGGUCAUAAGCGACAACCUGGACCCAGCGCGACAACUACCCGUAUCAGAAUCCAACGAAAUACAUACCUUACAAAACUGGUUGGAGCAGUUAUCUGCUAAUAUCCAUCGACCUGAUUCCAUCUAUCCUUCAAUUGAUCAAUUUAACGAACCCAACUUACCGCACACUUCCACCUUGACACUGGAAGAUCCUGAUCCAGAGGUGAUUACGUCCGAACCAUUUUUGUAUCCCUCACUGCAACCAUCACCGCCGUUGUCUGAAUCAGCGUCUGUGCAGCCGUCAUGGCCCGCCACAUUGCAACAAACAGGUGGCUGGCUUCUCUCCAAUCUUGCCUCUGCUGGCAUGGGUUUAUUACGAAAGGAUUCACCUGAAAUCGCCAGUACAAAUACAUAUACCCCGCCCUCGUCUUUGACACCUUUGUCCACCACCAAAGAAAAUGGCGCCAUAGCCCCUCAUUUCUGGAAUCCUACCGGUGUUUAUGUCCCUUUGGAGCCAUCUGUGUCGUCCCUGGAAGGGCCUCAGCCUUCUGCCAUAGUUGAUUUUGAUGCCAGGACCAUUCGCUCAACCUCUGGAUCAUCUUCACAAAAUGGUACCGUACACUUUGAAACUGCCUUUGAAGAACCGGUGCUCAUGGUCCCUGAAAAAGAAGCCCCAAUCACAUGCGACAACAAAAAGGAGCUGAUACAUUUAAUUAAUGUAUUGGCAUCACCGUCUAAGGAAAACCCAGGCUCUACCACACAAUGUGCAUCAACGCCAUUCUCCUCGAACGAUCAAGCUGCACCAUUGAAUAGUAGCAGUCCAUCUGCAUCUGAAAAGUUGACAGAAGUUGAGCUAGGUAAUGAAAGUGCUGGGUGCCAUGAAGCAACCACCACCGUAUCAUCAUCUGUGAAUGACAUACGGAAUCCGAUCUUGGAUGUCCUGGCAACAGACAUUAAAGAGGCCGACACGCUACAGCCAAUGUCACACACCACUGAGGAUACCUCACCGUAUGCGCAGCUUGCAACGCAGCUUAGCCAACUGGUCUUUGAACCAAAAGAUGGCAAAUCCAGAAAAGAACGUCAUAUACGGGUCAUCAAUCAAUUGUGGGAUGCUGCUUCCCGGUUAGCCAAACAAGAAUGUCAACAAUAAUUAAACUAUUCAUAUAAUGCCGAGAAACACUAUCACCAAUACAUUCAUCCAUCUGUUCUUCAAUAAAAAUAUGCCGUAUCGCAGGGGCCGCGAUCCAUCUAUCGUUAUUCGCAGAGCUGAAUACCGUUAUCAAUGUAUAUUUCCUUCAGUACCAUGAACCAUUCUCGCUAACUGCUGAUUUUCCAAUAACAUCCA